AUGGAUACAAGGAAUAGUUAUAGUAGAAGCAAUACAUUUAGGAGUGCAAAAGAUGAGUCUACAAAAAAUAAUAGAGAAGAACAGGAUGACAAAAAUGACAGUCAUUUAUUGACCAUAUAUUCAUUUAUUAGCAGUUAUGUAUUUAAAGAAGAUAUGAAUUAUGAUGAAAAUGACAGCAGGUAUGAGUUAUUAGAAAGUCAAGAUUUGGAAAAUGAAAAAUGCGAAAAAAAGGUCAGUUUCAGUGAGUACAGCGAAAAGGUAUACAGGUAUUACGGGGGGAGAAGUGAAAAAGAAGAGGGAGAAGUGGAAGAAGAUGAAGAAACAGAUGAGGAGGAUCACACGGAGGAUGAAUCUGAUUAUGAGAAGCAAGAAGAAGAUGAAGAUGAUGAAGGUGAUAAGGAGGAGGAUGGAGAGGCGGAGAACGACGCAAACGUCCAACACAGUGAAAACGAAGAAGAUGUAAUAAUACAAGGAAGCGUGCCGAGUAAAAAAAAGAAAUCUAAGGGACACAGAAAAAAGGGUAUAUCUUCCUCCUCAAAUAAUGUGAACUCGAUGACGGAUGAAAACUAUAGAGUAAAGGAAUGGAAAAGGAAAGAGAAAAAAAAAAGAAAGAACGCAAGGAAUAAUGCUAAAAUGACUCAUAUGAGCCAUCCUAUAAAAACGAAUAUUAAUAAUAUUUCCAAAUAUUUCAUGCUAUCAAUGGAUAAUACAAACGAGCAAGAAAAUAUUUUUAAAGAUGAAAAACAAUUGUCAAGACAAAUGUCGUACUAUAAUGAUGCUUAUUAUUAUACAUCUGAAAUGAUAUAUAAAAAUGAUAAACGUCACAAAGAAAAGUUCGCUCUUUAUUUGAGAUUAAUGUCUUUAUUUUUUAAUAUAAUGAUUGGGAUUUAUCUAAUAACCCAUUUCCCGCAUACCCAUAACGAAAACGGAACAGUUUCAGAAAAUAGACAUUCCAUAGAAUAUGAUAAUUUAAAAGAAAUUAUUAGAAAUAGGUUAGAGUCAUCCAAAAAGCACGAUCCCUAUGCAGAUAAAGAAGAUGCACAUCUCAUUUCGCUUACUACUGAAAGUGAAGUGUUGAAAAAUAAUGAAAAAAAGAAAAGUUAUUUAGACAUUCUUUUUAGAGGUAGCAAACAGGUAAAGGAGAUUGAAAAUGAACACAAUUUGACUGUUCUUGGGGGAGAUGAAAACGGCAUGGGUGUUAUAAAUGCUGAUAAAAAAGUGGAUAUUAUAAAUACCGAAAUGAAAGGAAUAAAAAAAAAAGUAAAUGGAUAUGAAGAAAUGAAUAACCUAAUUAAAGAAAUAGAUAUAGUAAAUUUAAUCGAUGAUGAAUACAUAAUGAAUUAUAUUUAUCUUGAAAUGAAUAAAAUAUAUAAAUAUGCAAUUUAUUCCUUCUUUGGUGAAUUACUUGUAAUAUCGAUAAUUGUAUUUUCAUUAUUUAUAUUAAGAAUAUUUAUAAAAGAUAAUAACAAGUUUAGUGUUAUAUUAACAAUGUAUGGCAUUUUAUAUAAAAUAUUUUGCUACAUAUUUGCCCAUUACGUUUUGGUUAUGGGUGUAUACAUUUUAUCUAUAUAUUAUAAUAUAUAUGUUAAUAGAGAUAUAUAUGAACAUAGUUUUAAUUUUUUUUGUUUUCAUUAUGUUUAUAAUAAUAUACAUAUACAUUUGCUCAUGCUAUUUUAUGCUUUCCAAAAUAUAAUUUUCACGAUAAAUGAUACAUUUAAUUGUAUUCGUAUGAUGUUCAUUAUAUUAAAGCAUCUUAUUGUUAAAAUAUAUGAGAAAAUUACGUGCAAAAAUUUCAUCACAUUUUAUGAAUUAAAAGAAGACAAAUCACCCUUGUCUUUGAAUUGUAUGAAUAAAAUUAAAAAGAAGUGUGAUGUAAGUAAAAAGUGCUGUCGUGAUAAAAACUGUGUGGAAAUAGACAUUGACGAAAUUCACGAGUUGGGAUAUGACAAAAGCGACUUUCCCUUUGGAAAUUUUCACCAGAAACCCUAUUGCAAAAACCUAGAUAUCAAGACAUAUGAACAAUCCCUCCUUAACAUGCGUAACCCUAUUUUUAAGUAG